CAGUCAUCUACAGAUAGCUGCAAGCUCUUUAACACAAAUAACCUUUUGCUGAGAGAUAUGAUCACACUCGCAAACUUUGCAUACACUACUUGUUGAUCAACUAAUCCUGCAAUGGAUUCAUGGUAAGGCGAAGAAGCAACUGGAGCGUGGACCUCACCUUUGAGCCGCUAUUGGUUUAAAGAUUUCAUCUUGCUGUCGAUUUGAUCGAAAAGGAGUUGACUUGGCUCCAAUGGAGGCAUUUGGAAGAUAGAUUGGGGGUCGAAUCGAAGAGAAGCCUUUCGAGCAGAAAGAAUGCGGUCGAGAACGGGGACGGCAUUCAGUCCGGUUAAGGAAUCGCCGGCGGCGGCGGAUUGGGAGGUACGGCCGAGCGGAAUGCUCGUCCAGACCCGCGGAGCCGACGCCUGUCCUCCCGUCCCCGCCAUCCGCGUCAAAGUCAAGCAUGGCGCCGCCUGCCACGAGAUCUACAUCGGCGCCCUGGCCUCCUUCGGGGAGCUGAAGAAGGCGCUGUCGGCGAAGACGGGGCUCCACCCGCUCGACAUGAAGCUGUCGUACAAGAACAGAGAGAGGCAGUCGGCGGCGUUCCUCGACUCCGCCGGCGUCAUGGACAAGUCGAAGUUGCUGCUGGAGGAAGACCCCGCCGCGCGCACCAAGCGCCUGCUCGAUUUGCGCAAGGCCGACAAGGCAGAGAAAACCGCCAAGUCGAUCUCUGCAAUUAGCCUUGAGGUGGACCGCCUUGGUUCCAAGGUGUCAGAGAUGGAGGCGAUGGUGAAUCAAAACCGCAAGGUGGUGGAUAACGAUGUGACCGACCUCAUUGCAUCCCUAAUGAAUGAGCUGGUCAAGCUGGACGGCAUUGUUGCUGAUGGAGAUGUAAAUGUUCAGAGGAGGUUGCAGAUCAAAAUGACGCAGAAAUAUGUAGAAACGUUAGAUUUCAUCAAGUUGAAGAACACUCAACUAAGCAAACACCAUUCCCAAAGUAAUCAAAUGCUGCAAAAGAGAGAUUCACAGCAACCACACAACCCAUUUCAGCAACAAAACCAGCAGCAGCAGAAGCAAGAGACUGCAGAAUUCCAACAGCAAACUCAGCAGCCGGUGGUCAUGACAAUGAACUGGGAAACAUUUGAUUCCCUCUUCACGCCAUCUACCUCCUCCACCACCACCACUGCCUCCUCCACACCCCAUGCGAGCUUCGACUGGGAGCAGUUUUGAGUCCAAAUUGAAGAAACAAAUACCACUUUCAGAAUUUGCAAUUUGGUUAUAUUUUACUUGUGGAUCGAAAUUCUUGUGUGUCUCCGUCUACUCCUAGUAGGGUUCAUUCGGAUUGAAUAGAAAUAAUUGAGACUCCAUGUUUCAUUUUAUCUUGUAGAAUGUCUCAUCUUGUUUGGUUUUCAGACAAGCGGGAAUGAAUUCAUUAAUCAUUGCAAUGGAAAGAAACAAAGUGUUGUGAAAAAGGGAGAUGCCUUAGCAAUGAAGACCCAUAAAGAGGCGUGUACUUUAGAAGCUUCAAGGUCAUGAUCAGGUUAGUGGAUCUUAGUGGGGUGUCUAAUUACUUCCUUUUUCUUUGGUUAUGAUCAUAGACUAUUUUUGUAUUAUUUUUCUUGUCGUUUUCUAUUAUUAUUACUAUCAUCAUUAUUUUUA